AUGUUACUAGCUAUAGCUCUAUUAGACUCUAUUAAAGGAAAGGCGGACGUCAACCCAGCGCCGUGCGCAGGCAAGACCGUCCUGAUCACCAGCGCAGCCAAGGGCCUUGGGCGGGCCAUCGCUGUGUCCUACGCCAAAGCCGGCGCAAGCCGCAUCGCCAUCACAGCGCGCGGCGGCGCCUCAGAAACCCACGCCGCGGCGCAGCAGGCAGCCGCCGAGGCCGGGCGCGCCGACGUGCAGCUGCUCGUGCUCCCGCUCGACGUGACCUCGCGCGCGAGCGCGGAGGCGUGCGCGGCCGAGCUGCGCCGGCGCGGCGGCGGCUGGGAGCGCGUCGACGUGCUGGUCAACAACGCCGCGCACCUCGCGCCCUUCGAGCCCCCUGGCCGCGUCAACGUCCGCGGCGCGUACGAGGUCGCGCGGGCGUUCCUGCCGCUCGUGCUGGACAGCGCGGCAAAGACGGUGGUGAAUGUUGUGUCGGCCGGCGCGUUGGCGCUGACGCCUGGUGCGAGCGCGUACCAGACGUCUAAGUUGGCGGUGGUGCGCCUCGGGGAGUAUCUCAUGGCGGACUAUGGGUCUCGGGGAUUGAUCGUGCAUUCGGUCCACCCUGCCUCGGUCCCAACCGAUCUCGCCAGGAACAUGCCGGAAGAAUUCGUGAAAGUACUCUGCAACGACAAGCCCGAGCUCGCUGGCGACAGCAUCGUCUAUCUGACCAGCAAGCGGCGCGAAUGGCUGGCGGGGAGGUACGUCGGUUGCACCUGGGAUUUUCCCGAGCUGGAGAAGCGGGAGCAGGAAAUCGUGGAACGGAACCUGCUUAAGCUCCAAAUGAACUUUUGA